AAGCAUCGUCUCUCUGGAAACGCCAGCCUGUACAAUCAAGAACCAUCUCAAACUUACCAGUCUUAAUUUACAAUGUUGCCCUCCCAUCCAUCAUAUCCUUCCAAAAAGCCCCCCUGGUUUCAAGUUAUAUCAAUUAUUGCCUAGUCCUUUUGCCGAAGUCAUGGUCACCGACCGUCCAGUUGAAAUUAGAAAAUAGGAAGUGUUGGCCCUGUGGGCAAAAAUCUCAGAGCAAGCGACAAAACGGGUUCACUUGUCGGCUGUAGGGGUAUUGUGGUAAAUGUGUGGUAAGAAAUCGAAUUAUGGUGCCAAAAAAGCAUCUCUUUGGGAAGCAAAGAAAACCAGUUAAACCCCCAAAGACUCUCAAUUUGCUGAAUUUUUUUAUAGAUGUUAGUUGGUUUGCUUCAUCUUACUGUAGAUCUCUUAAGUCAAUCCUAAGCACAACCAAUACAAAUCCCACAAGAAAAUAAAUCGAGUGGCCACAAGGAAAACUUGCAAAGAUAAUGUUAGGAUUCCUAGCAGAGACUGUAGCAGAGGAUGCAGAAAUAAAGCUGAAGCUCCUCUUCAAUGGCAAACUCUAAGCUUACUACUUUUCUUAUCACCAUCUUUUUAUUUUGCUUUACAGUUCCUUCAACAGCAAAGUCAUCGACUUUAGUCCAAGAAAUCAAGCAGCAAAGUCCACAACAAGAUAAAGAGCCUUUUGUGGGUGUUAACAUAGGCACGGAUGUUUCGAAUCUGCUAUCAUCAACGGACUUGGUUUCAUUCUUGCAAUUGCAAAAAAUCUCACACAUUCGACUUUAUGAUGCAAAUCCAGAUAUACUCAAAGCAUUGGCAAAGACAAAGAUCCGGGUCAUUAUCAGUGUACCCAAUAAUCAGCUUUUGGCAAUAGGGUCAUCCAACACGACGGCAGCUUCUUGGAUCGGUCGAAACGUCGUCGCUUACUACCCUGAAACGCUCAUCACUGAUAUUGCUGUUGGAGAUGAGGUUUUAACAACAGUACCAUCCUCGGCUCCUUUGCUGCUUCCUGCAAUUCAGUCUCUUUACAGUGCUUUAGUGUCUGCAAAUUUGCAUACUCAAAUCAAGGUUUCAACUCCACAUGCAGCUUCUAUUAUUCUUGAUACCUUUCCUCCUUCUCAGGCUUUCUUUAACCAAAGCUUGACUUCAGUUAUGCUACCUUUGCUUCAGUUUUUAUCUAGAACUGGGUCUCCUUUAAUGAUGAAUCUUUAUCCAUAUUAUGUGUUUAUGGAGAAUAAAGGUGUGGUUCCCCUGGAUAAUUCCUUGUUUAAGCCAUUGACACCCUCUAAAGAAAUGGUUGAUCCUAAUACUUUGUUGCAUUAUACUAAUGUGCUUGAUGCUAUGAUUGAUGCUGCAUAUGUUUCUAUGAAGAAUUUAAAUGUUACUGAUGUUGUGGUGCUUGUUACCGAGAGUGGGUGGCCUUCGAAGGGGGAUUCAAAAGAGCCUUAUGCUACUAUAGAUAAUGCAGAUACCUAUAAUUCAAAUCUUAUCAAGCAUGUUUUAGACCAUAGUGGAACCCCUUUGCAUCCAGAAAUCACUUCCAGUGUGUAUAUAUAUGAGUUAUUCAAUGAGGACUUGAGGUCACCUCCAGUGUCUGAGGCGAAUUGGGGAUUGUUUUAUUCAAAUUCGACGCCAGCGUAUUUGCUUCAUGUAUCAGGAAGUGGGACCUUUUUGGCAAAUGAUACAACCAAUCAGACCUAUUGUAUUGCAAUGGAUGGGGUUGAUUCAAAGACAUUGCAGGCAGCUUUGGACUGGGCUUGUGGUCCUGGGAGAGCAAAUUGCAGUGAGAUUCAACCAGGGGAGGACUGCUACCAGCCUAAUAACGUGAAGAACCAUGCUUCUUAUGCCUUUGAUAGCUAUUAUCAGAAGGAAGGGAAAGUUUAUGGGUCCUGUGACUUUAAGGGUGUGGCCAUGAUAACAACCACUGAUCCAAGUCACGGGAGCUGUGUAUUUCCUGGAAGUAAGAAGGUAAGCAACAUAACAAGAACGGUUGUAAACUCGACAGAAGCAAGUGGUGCAGCUGAAAGGUUAAAAUUCAACACUUUCCACAGCAGCCAAAUAGGCACUACUAUAGCAUUCUGUAUUUUGUUAUUCAUUCCUUUUGUGACAACUGUAUGAGGAAGAAAAUAAAAUAUAUAUUUUCAAAAUGUAUCAUAAUUUUGCAUUGAAUUCAUAGAUGAUCUGUUGUGCCAAAGGUAAAAAGAAAUAUCUUUGAUGAUGAUCUGAUGAGGCCAGGCAGAGUCCUUUUUGAAUGAAUGUGUUGAUAGAGCAUGGUGGUGAUAAUUAUUUUAGAGUUGAAUAUUUGUAAUCAACACAAUGAUUGUGAAACUUGGCGGUCAGCACUAAAUGUGAUUAUUCUGCAGCAUGCAAUCAUCAAGUGGAGAAAUGGGAUCAAUUUUGGGCACUUUUUAUCGCCAAGGUCAAGGGAAUCUUUUCCUGGUUGAAACAAAAAGGAGAUCAUUGCUUUUCUCAACAUAAUAUCUUACAUAAUUUUGUUUUUUGGUGAAUCAGAAUACUUGUCUUCGUUUCAUAGUAUUCCUGAGCAGUUUGUGUGGGUGAAAAGAGUUUAAUCCUUGUGCUGCUUUGGAGAAUGCCUUCAAUAACUCAUCCAGGGUUAUUUCAUUCAACUAGAAAUGCCUGAUGCUUCCCAAUUUUACAGAUAGGUUCUGCAUAGGAGUUGCUUCUGUGGGAAAUUGCUCGGACUAUAGCAAUAUUUUAGGUCACCCCCAAGAUUACCCACAGCGUCAAUCUGAACAAGGGAAAACAAUGGGUGCUAACAGUGUUUUCCAUGGUUUAAGAGCUUUUUCACAGAAAGAAAGCAACUUUAUACGCCCUUUUUGGCCCCGUCCUGGAUCAAGCCAGUUGGUGCUGGGCAUUUGUGCUUCUCACUGUUGAAAAAGAAGAAAAAGCUUUUUCUUUACCACCAUGAAAUAGCACCUGAUUAGCUAGGAUUACCAGUACUCAAACUCGUCAAAUAAUAACUUCUCAGGAAAAGUUGCAAUAGAUUAAACAGGUUUUUCAAGAGACGAUCCAGGUCCAGGCAUCAGGCAUCCACGAUUAAAGCACGUGAGCCCAGUGUGGGUCCGAUUGUGCGCACGUGUAGCUUUCUGUGGGCCAGAGAAGAUAUCCGCCGAACCUAGUACCAAACCAAACUGGAACUCCAAAAUCCAAACGCGGCAAAAGUGGAAACUGGAAACCAACCAAACAAGAUAUUAA